AUUGUGGUGCAAGUACGUACUGUAGCUGUAGAGUACGAGUGGGUAUGCUAGAUUGCGAAAUUUCAUUCAUUCGUUCACCUGUACAAGCGUUCCUAUAAUCCGACUAUAUCCACCUAACGAAAUGGCAGACCAAGAAGAAACCAGUCCUGACAUCUACUUUGAACCCAUUGUCAAGCUGAAGCCAGUAGAUGUCAAAAACUUAGAGGAGGAUGAAGAGGAAAUUUUCAAAAUGAGGGCGAAGCUGUACCGAUACGCCAACGAGGAGAGCCCAGCAGAAUGGAAGGAGAGGGGGACAGGCGAGGUCAAGAUGUUGAAGAAACGAGACGACAACAACGGCCACGUCAGGAUACUUAUGAGGAGAGACAAGACAUUCAAGAUAUGUGCAAAUCAUUAUAUUCAAUCACAUAUGGAUCUGAAGCCAAACUGUGGCAGUGAUAAAGCCUUUGUUUGGAACACACUAGCAGACUUCGCAGAUGAAGAACCCAAACAAGAGACGUUAGCUAUCCGAUUCGGCAAUGCAGAGAAUGCAAAGAAAUUCAAGGAGAAGUUUGAAGAAUGUCAAAAAUUGUUGACCGAGUGUGCAGCAGCACGCCAGCUUGAUCUACUCGAGAGGCUUGGAGCUUCCAUUAAUCUUGAAGCUGAAGCCGAGGCUCCUGACAAUCAGGAUGAAAAGACGGACGAGAAACCAGAGAAUGAAUCCAAGCAAGCCGAGAAGCCAGAAAGCGAGCCAAAGCAAGCCGAGAAGCCAGAGAGUGAGUCCAAGCAAGCCGAGAAGUCUGAAAAGGAUGCGGAUGAGGUGACCGAUAAGCUUGGAGGCAUGACGGUGAAAGAUACAGAGAAGACAACAGAUGGAGAGGAGCCUAGCAAGGAAACAGUGAAGACAGAAGGAGAAGCGAAGGAAGGCGAGGUUGAGAAGAGCAAAGAGGAGACAACGAAAGAAGAGGGAAAGGGGGGCGGAGAUUCUAAAGAUGCGUCUUGAAACAGACUUUCUCCAUCUUUUAUUUAAAGGGGUGGUUUAAAUCUAGGGAAGGCUAUUUUUUAGUAACACCAAAAAUAUGAAAAUUCAUCAUCGAAGAGACAUUUGGAUGAUAUGAUGGGCAGGCAGUUAGGUAUGCAUGUCCAGCAGAAAUACUCCAGGAUGUGACCAGUUCUCUAAAUGUAUUUAUUUCCAUUGUUUGCCCACGGCGAGGAGUGUGGUCAGAUUAAUGGGUAUUGUGGGAAAUAGAAUUUAGUUCAAGAUCAUCUUUAAUUCUAUCAGUAACAGACAUGAGAUAUAGUAUUGGUUUUAAAAAUAAAUCAAGUUACUGGUUCUACAGUGUGUAUCCUAUCUCUAAUUUCUUUUGGUGCAAGAAGUUCCAUGAUAAAAAGGGAUUCAUGUUACUCCUUGUUUUACUUCAAUAAUAAGAAUAAUAAUAUGUUGAGGAAAAGUAACAUCGUAUCCAUAGAAAUAAUCUUGUCAGUUCCCCUAUCAAGAUCUCUUUCCAUUUUAUUGUUCUUUAAAAAAAAAAAAUCAUCAUAUCCAAGUUAUAGGGCAUUGAUUGAUAUAAGGGAUAACCUGUCAAAAAACAAAUCUUGUUUUUAUUGUUUAUGUCUAAGAUAGUGGAGCCUCAUUUAUGUUAAAGCCCAACUGCACUACUUAAGCUACUUGCGCCCUCUAUACAGCCAACAAUGCCUAAGCGGUACCCGUUGAUCCCCCAUGAUGCCCCUUUUCUUAAAUUAAUUGAGAGCUGAUUUGGUGAGAUAACCACCUGCCAGUGACCAUGCAGGGAGGUCUAAUGAGUUCUGGCCGGGGAAAAGUUAUAAUAGUCGAGAUAAAAGUAUAUAUAUGACUAUUAGUUUUCCUAUCUGUUGUUGUAAGGGGGUUUGUUAAACUCCUAAGAUGCUAGUAAGAUUGAACACAUUUGAUUAGGAGUAUGAUAUAUAUUUUGUUGCCCAUAUAUGGAUGCGAAGUAAUGGAAAAAUCUCAGGGGCUGCAAGGAAAAUACAUGUAGUUUGUAAAUAGAUAGACAAUGUUCCAAUAAUCAUUACCCAUAUCUCAAUAUUACAUUACUGUUGUUUGUUGUUUAAGUUAUUUUAAUUGACUCUUAGUCUUUAUAGAUAGUUGACCAGGGUGGAAGCAGAAACAAAUUUAACGAGGAAUUGUAAAGGUAUGAUUUUAAAUCUGAAUCACUGUUAAUAUGAUAAUCUCUUAGCAAUGUUGGUCAUGUAUGUUUGGUGUCACAUGGAAAGGACACUCAUUCUUUCAUUUUUAAUGACUAUUUGUUCCAAGACAAAUGUGAGAAUUCUUCUUGUAAACCAUUAAACGUAAUGAUCCAACUGCCAAUUGUGGUUCUCAAUAGCAUUAGUCCAUAUCAUUAUUGAUCACAAGUUAAGUCUCUUUAUACCCUCUUGUACCCUCUCAUUAUCUCAAACUUUUACUUUUAUGUUUUGUGUUUCUGAUUUGUCUGCUUCUUAGUCUGAUUGUACAACUGUGGAUUUCAUUUUUAUUUAAUUGCAGCUGCUGUUUUGAAUUCGUAUUUGCGAAGGCUUGGCUCCUUAGGGCGUUUCUUUUCAGGACCAAGACAAGUUAUUUAUGGUCGCAAAUAUGAAAUGUUCUUUUCAGAUUCAGUGAUAUGAUCAGAUUAAAUUGUUUACUUAGACAAAACAUAAUGAGUGUAUAGAUCUCUCUAUGCAGACAGAUUUUUCCCAUAGCAAUCCAAUAACAUUUAGAGAUCAGGAACAAUCUGAAAAUGAGAAUUUUCAUCAGUUGUCAACAUGAGCAAUCUUUAUGAAUGCGUAUAUUUGGAAAGUACUAGGAAGUAAUGAGCUUAAACAAUGUAUAAGGUAUUUUGUUAAAUGAUGAAUGACAUUAUUGGGAUCCAAUUCUUCGCUACAAUUGUGUUUUGGGGAAGAUGUGUUUUAUAGAGUGUUAUGUGGUGUGAUCAUUCCAUGCAUGCAAGAUAUUUUUUUCUUCUUCUGGUUUUAAGUCCUGAAGGUCAUAGAGAUUACAUGGUGUUUGAAAGCAAUGUGUCCUGAUAUAAUGUAGUGAAAUGAGUUGUAUCAAAAUUUUGGUCCUGUACCUGCUUUGGGUAUUUUCGAUGUCAUUUGAUAGAGAGAAGAUUUCAUUUUAAAGCAGAAAUCUUUUGCAGUCAUUCCUGACCAGGGGGGCGUUUCACAAAACUUGUCAUCAGUGACAAAUGACAGUUUUUGUUAUAAAGCUACUGAAUUCCUUGCUUCUGUUUGUUUAUCAGCAGAUAUGUCACUUAUUUUUGUCAUUUGUCAUUGAAAAAAACGGUCUUUGUGAUACGCCCUCCAGGAAUUAAUUAAACCAGAAGGAAACAAAGUUUCUGUUCUGUUGGCUCAGGAUUUAACUCAAAUUACACAUGUCAUCAAAGAAACGUUUAUUUGUCAUUAUUUUAAUGUGUUCAAAAGUCUUUUUGUAAUUUUUGGUCAAAAUCAGUUGCUGCAAGUGAUGAUCCUAUGUGUAAUGUGUGUGUCACAUGAAUAUGAUUAGGAAUUUGAAUAUUAGUGAACCGCAAAAACUAUGAGAAAGGGAUUUCUUAUCAUUAUUUUUCUUGUCUAUAUUUUUAUUGUAAAUUAUUGUGAUUUUUUCCAAAUUUUAAACGGAAAUUUGUUAAUAAAUCAGCAUAAAAACAUAAUUGUCAGCACCUUUAGGAAAAGGGUGUUUAUAUAUAUCCUUAUGUUAUUUUUUAUUCAGUAUUAAAGCUUUAUAAUCUUGUAUGAACUAUGAAUUGAUCAUCGACAGGUAUUUUCUCAAAUAAUUAUGGUUUACCAAAGUGGAACAUAUUUGAUGUAAAAAAAGGCACGGCAUUGGAUUCAUAAAUGGUUCCUUAUUUAUUUCUGUAAUACAUGUACAUCGAGAACCUUAAGAAAUUUGUUUUUAAAUUUAUUAUAAAUAUCCUUUUAACUAAAUUUAUUCUUGAUCUCCUUUGCUUGUGUCGCUUUGUAUGCAAACUAUGUCAUUUCAUCUUCAGAGGAAAGUGAUUGUGCAAAACAUUCUUUUCAUUAAACAUGUGAAAUUCUAAA